AUGUUCCUCCUCAAGGAGAUAUCUCGGCCAUGCCAGGUCAACAGCGCCCGUUUCAUCUGUAAAAAUGGAUUCCGAUCAUCAAAAAGAGCUUUCAAUUCUACCAGUCCACUCCGCACACCUAUAACGGAGGAGGAAGUUCAAAGCGCACAUAAAUACUGUGUUGGUCUACUCUCAAAAUAUGAUCGACCCUCCUAUACCCUGAGCAGCUUCAUUCCCCCUCAUGCCCGCUCCUUCUACCUCGCCCUCCGCGCAUUAAAUGUCUCCCUCUCCCUCAUUCCAGAAACAACUUCCUCCCCUACAAUUGGUCUCAUGCGCCUUCAAUUCUGGCGCGAUGCUAUCUCCAAAAUCUUAGCUGGCAAUCCCCCGAAAGAACCCGUUGCUAUCCUCCUCGCUUCCGCCAUCUCAGAUCUUCAUGAGCGCACAGGAGGCCGCGCCCGGAUCAGUAAGGGCUGGCUUACACGCCUUGUGACUUCAAGAGAACAGACUCUCACGAAUGAUCCUUAUACCAACAUUGCUGCCCUUGAAUCCUACGCUGAAAACACCUACUCAACCCUCAUGUACCUAACGCUUUCUGCGCUACCAAUGACAUCUGUAACGGCAGACCAUGUUGCCUCGCAUAUUGGCAAAGCAGUUGGAAUUGCGGCUGUCUUGCGCGGCCUGCCUUUGGUUGCGUUCCCAACCCCACAGGCGCAAGCGCCUCAUGGUGGAGGUUCGGCGAGUCUGGGUUUGGGUGGUGGUGCUAGACAGGGUGCGGUGAUGUUGCCGCUGGAUGUGAUGGCCCAGGCUGGUGUGAAGGAAGAGGAAGUUUUGAGACGUGGUGCUGAUGCGGAAGGUCUGCGCGAUGCGGUGUUUACUGUUGCGACGCGGGCCAGUGAUCAUUUGAUUACUGCGCAGCAGAUGCUGAGCAACCUUCGAGCGGGCGAGGAUGUGGGACAUGACUUUGAGCAUGAGGGAGAAGAAGGCCACGAAUAUGAUGCACCAAGUUCAUCUCGGGACUCACCUCUUGACGAAGUUAAUAGAGCUUUUGGUGUUUUCAUGCCCGCUAUUGGGACGCGGCUGUGGCUUGAUCGGCUGCAAGAACAUGAUUUUGAUGUCUUCCGUCCUGAGUUGCUGCGUUCGGAUUGGAGGCUCCCUUGGAAAGCCUACUGGGCCUUCCGACAAAAGAGUCUUUGA